UAUUUUUCGUAAAAACUGGACAAGAAGUUCGUACAUCAGUAUUGUACACGCUUUGGAAUCUGCCAAAAGAUAUUACCGAGGUUAACACGGCAAAAAUGCAUCCCGCACUUUUAUCAGCCAUGACCCUGCUGCUGGGGUUUGUGCUUGUAGCUGGCGCACCACCAUUUGGCUUCCUUCCAUCUCAGCUGAAUACCGGUCAGGCCCAGAUUAAACCAUUUGAAAGCGGUAGUAGCAAUGUCGUUGCGGUCAAUCCGGCUAUCGGCAACCCGGCCCCGGUCUUUGCUCAACAACCCGGCCCCACCCAUUUCCAGAUUCCCACAUUGAACAUUCCAAAAGAAACCAUGCAGCAAUAUCAACAGGUCGCGGUAAACGGUGUGACGGCCAUUCAGAAUGCCGUACAGAAUUUCCUCACUGGAGUGUUCGGAACCUUCAAGAAAAUCUAUGAGAAGAAUCCCGAUAAAAUUAUUAACGCUGCUAAUGCAGCGGUGCAGGCUGUCAACACGUACCAAGCAGAAUACGCUCCCUUUGAUAAAGAAAUCAGCGAUGCCUUCAGCCAGUCUUUUCUAAACAACCGUAACCUGACGUAUCUGUUCGGUAAAAUGCCGGAUACACCUACGAACGGAAAUGGUGCUUAUCAACCUUAUCACUAACGAGAUCAGCCAUUUUUCUUGCCAGCAGCAAAAUAAUUUUCCCACGCAAAUACAGCGGUCGUGAAAUGAAAAGUGUAGUUCGAUGUUAGUUAUUUUGUCAAUCUUUGGCUGUUAAUUGUGGUAUUUGGGCGUAACUGCUCGCCUAUAAAAUUAAUACGUACAUAAUAAUGAGAUGACGUGCGUU